AUGUCUCAUACAGGUGCUAGUGAUGAUGAACAGAGGGCUCUCCAAGAAGCCGAAAUCCGAGCAAGAAAUGAUUUCACUCUACAAGCUAUGCAUCAACAAUUCAAGAGAUGGAACUUGCAAUUCCAAGAGAUAAGGGAUACUAUUGCCGAACAAAAUGAGACAAUAGCUGCACUUAGGAGGGGAAAUCAACCUGAUGUACAACCUCGAAAUAAUCCUAGGCCUCUUAAUAGAAGAAAUGUACCCCAUGCCCUCAUUGUAAAUCAAGAAAACCCUAUAGAUGAUUUUGUUGAUGAUUUUGAUGUAAAUCUAGAUAGGGUGGGAAGAGAUAGGAGGGGACAACGAGGUAGAGUAGAAGAUGAUAAUAUUAGCAGCAUAAAAAUGAAGAUGCCAUCUUUCAAGGGCACAAGAGAACCAGACUUGUACCUUGACUGGGAGCGGAAAGUUGAGGCCAUCUUUGACUGUCACCACUACUCUGAAGGUAAGAAGGUUAAGCUUGCUGUUGUUGAAUUUUCUGAUUAUGCUUCUAUUUGGUGGAAAAAGCUUACAAGAGACAGACAACAAGACGGAGAACCACCCAUUGCUACUUGGACCGAGAUGAAGAGAAUCAUGAGGAAGAGGUUUGUGCCUUCCCACUUUCAAAGAGACCUACAACUGCGUCUUCAAACCUUGAAGCAAGGAACCAUGACUGUUGAUGAAUACUUUAAAGCUAUGGAUAUGGCUAUGAUCCAAGCUAAUUGUAUGGAAGAAGAAGAGGCCACUAUGGCUAGAUUUCUUAAUGAUUUAAAUAGAGAAAUAGCUGAUGUAGUAGAGAUACAACAAUAUGUAACUAUAGAUGAAUUAGUAGAUUUGGCUGUAAAAAUAGAAAAGCAAAAUAAAAGAAGGCAGCAAGCUAGCUCAUGGAGAAGUCGGCCAAACACCAAUUCCAAGAAGACAUGGCCAAAACAAGAAGUGCUUUCUAGACCUCAAGAAGACAAGGGGAAAGGUAAAGUUGAUGAGAAAGAGGGAAAUAAAGCUUUCAAUUCUAGAUCCUCUAAACCUUCUAGUUCCAUUCAAUGUCAUAAAUGUCAUGGAAGAGGCCAUAUGAUGCAUGAAUGUCCAAAUAGAAGAAAUAUUCUGUUGAGAGAAGAUGGAGGAUAUGAGAGUGAAAAAAGUGAGGAAGAAGAGAGAGGAGUAAGUGAAGAUGAUGUAGAACUUCCUAAUGAUGGUUUGGUUGGGGUAAUUAGGAGGACUAUAGAUGGAGAAUAUGAGGGAGAAAAAAGUGAGGAAGAGGAAGAAGAGGAAGGUGUGAGUGAAGAUGAUGUAGAGUUACCUUUCAAUGAUGGAUCAAAAGAGAUUGAGAGAAAUAAUGGGAAAACAAAGGGGAGGAAAAAAAAUGAGCUUGAGGGAAAAGAAAAGAAAGAAGGCCAAGAGGUAGAAAAAAAGAGAGAUGGCCUAGAGAGAGAGAGAGAGGGCAGCAACUUGGGCAAAGUGGUAAAAGAGGGUUUGAGUGAUAAAAAGGAAAGUUUUGGUGAGCGGAAAGAGGCAGAGAAAAAGAAAAAGGAGAGUUUGUACAUAAAAGCCAAAGAGUGUUUGAAUGCAAGGAAAGAGGGGUUGCCCAUUAUACUACUUACUUACAAAGAAGUUUUGAUUAAUUCUGAAUCACUAACUUCUUCUUUGCCAAGUAGUGUUUCUUCUCUUUUGCAGGAUUUUGAUGAUAUCUUCCCUGAGGAUAUCCCUAAAGGUCUACCACCUUUGCGUGGCAUUGAGCACCAAAUUGACUUUGUGCCUGGAGCACAAAUUCCAAAUAGGCCUGCUUAUAGGAGUAAUCCAGAAGAGACAAAAGAGCUUCAAAGGCAAGUUGAGGAGUUGCUUGAGAAAGGUUUUGUGAGAGAAAGCAUGAGCCCUUGCUCCGUUCCCGUCCUAUUGGUACCCAAAAAGGAUGGAACUUGGAGGAUGUGCGUCGAUUGUAGAGCAAUCAACAAGAUAACGGUAAAGUAUCGCCAUCCUAUUCCUCGUCUUGAUGACAUGUUGGAUCAAUUGCAUGGAUCCAAAAUCUUUUCUAAAAUUGAUCUAAAAAGUGGUUACCAUCAGAUUCGAAUGAAUCCUGGAGAUGAAUGGAAAACUGCUUUUAAGACCAAAUAUGGGCUUUAUGAGUGGUUAGUUAUGCCUUUUGGCUUGACUAAUGCACCCAACACUUUCAUGAGAUUGAUGAAUCAUAUUUUUAAGGAUUUUCAUGGGAAAUUUGUGGUAGUUUAUUUUGAUGAUAUCUUGAUUUAUUCUAACAAUCUAGAUGAGCAUGUGGAACACUUAAAACAAGUUUUUGAAGUUAUCAGAAAGCAACACUUGUUUGCUAAUCUUAAAAAGUGUACUUUUUGUGUGGAUCGUGUUGUAUUCUUGGGUUUUGUGGUUAGUUCUAAGGGAGUUGAAGUUGAUGAAGAGAAAAUCAAGGCAAUCAAAGAGUGGCCUAAACCUAACAGUGUAACCGAAAUUAGGAGUUUUCACGGGCUUGCUAGUUUUUAUAGGAGAUUCGUUAGAGACUUUAGCACCAUUGCUGCUCCUUUAACUGAAGUUGUUAAGAAAGAUAAGGUUUUUUCAUGGGGAAAAGAACAAGAUAAUGCUUUUAACUUGUUGAAAGAAAAAUUGUGUUCUGCUCCUCUUUUGCAAUUACCUGAUUUUUCUAAAUCUUUUGAGUUGAAUGUGAUGCCUCUGGAAAAGGAAUAG